GCAACUUCCUAGAAUUUUUUUCGAAGUUCAUUAAAAAGUUAAUGCAAUAUUAACAUAAAUAAGCCGCGAAAGUCUUUUAGUCAAUACUACGGUGUCAUUUUCAAUGUGUCAGUUUUGCUGCUCUUGAUGAAUCCACAUGGGAUUGAAGAAUCGUCGUCGAUCGGAGUGGUUUUUCUUUUGAUAAUAUAGAAAAACCGCUUCAGGAGACUUCAGGGAUGCUCAGAAACUCUAAUGGGGAUGGCCGAUUAACUUGAGAAAUGAAGAAGUCUCCCAGGGGCAUAAUAAGUUCGUGGAUGCAUGAGCUCCGUAUAAAGGCUGCAAGUGAAGAAGAAAAGCCGUUUAUCAAUGAAUUAGUCAUUUUGCAAGACAAAUUUCAUACGUUCCUUCUCGAAAGCUUGCCAGUUUGUUGAGCCAAAACGCGACUACCGCUCUACGUUUUCUCUUACUUGGUGGCUGUAGACAUGCAAGACAGUGCAAAGAUGUACGCAAAAAGUGAGUAAAUCUGCUCAGAAUGGGCGUUUUUCAUUAAUCUGGCUAUUUAGCAGGAAACAUGCUUGAAGAAUGAAUUCAUUUUGUGAAUUUUAACGCAACUUUCCAAACAUCUUUUUUAAAAAGACUGUUUACUGCUUGAAUCUGACGUCAUCAGAACUAUUUAAAACUGUUGAACUCCAGGUAUUCAUCAAAAAACCGAAAAAAAACGAACAAACGAGCGAAAAGAUUUUAUGUUAUUCAAUGAAAACGUCAAUUCUCUGCUGUUCUAACUCUCGAGAGUAAGAACGUCGUUCUUACUCUGCUGUCUUUUGACAUCUUCAGUUAAUUUUUAACAUAAAAUUCAAAAUCACCCUCAAUAUCAUAUUUUUCUGAUAAAAAACUUCCUGUAGCAUAAAUCAAUUUUAAAACCUUCUUGCAUCCUUCUGAAACUUGCUUGUUUCAUUGUUAGCAUCAAUAAAAACGAGAAGCUUGAACGUUUCUACCAUUUUUUAUUUGAGUUUUGCGCUACUUCAAAGGAAUGAUUUGAUUCUUUCUUUCAACGCAGAAGGCAUUCUCAGAACGAAUUCGACUAAUCUUCCUUGUCUAGUAUGUGGACUUUAUUAUUUAUUGAAAAUGAAGAUUUUUGUCCAGAUGACCUGGACAGAAAGCAAUUAGAUGUACGGGAUUCGACUUUAUUGCCCAUAUUUUUUAUUGUCCCAUUUGUCCUGUUUUGUUUGUCCAAGCCGCAUGUUUAAUGCCAUGUUCAAUAGAAUUCGGAUGGGCAUUAUAAUUUCUGCAAUGAAACAUUGCAAUGUUUAUUCAUCAUCAUGCCAAGCCGAGGAUGAUUUGGAACCUAAUAUAUCAAAUUGAACAACACUGACCUCAAACAAAUCGAAGAUAAUUCUGGAAGCUAAUUCUAGCAAACACUCAAAUAUCGUGGCCUGGAUCCUGGAUCUCUCCAUAAUAUUUUGUUUACAACAAGCUUAAAAGCUGUCCCACUGAAGUUAUUAUUAUGGUUGAAAGCUCACAUCUAAACAUUCUAUCUAAGCCUUUGCUUUCAACUUCUUACUGUUGUUGAUCAUUUGUUUGGCCUAUAUAUCUUGAAUUGCUCCCGAAUGAUUUCUUACAACUGACGUUUGAUAACGUGUUACAUCGAAAGACGCCACUCCACCUUCUCCGUUAAAGCUAGUUGAAACUUUUCUUUUAAAGGGCUCUGCGUGACAUACUGACGUAAAAUCAGCACUAGUCAUAAGUUACGCUACCCACAGUGCCUUGCGAUGUUAAUAUUUUUAUCUUUGCAAAGCAAAAGGAGCAAAAAUUGCGGCAGUUGCCCUAAAAGGUAUUAGCAUAAAACACACCAAGUUUGAAUAAAAAUCUGAUUCUUAGAAUUCCACCACUGCAAUUCCCUUUUGCCUACAGCUUCCAACCUUGGAAAACUGGAAGAAAAAUUGCUUAAAACGGUGGUAGCUUUUGACGAUCCUCGAGUCAUCAUUGAAAGAUCUUUGCAAAAAUUCACUUAAUCUUGGUUUGUAGAAAAUGUCAAAAAGUACUGUAUCUUUUUAACACGUGUAGCAAAGUUGAGGACAACAAAUUAUAGAUUCAAUGCAUUUUGGUAAAGAAGAUAAGCAAAAAGGGAGAGGCAGAAAUAUCUCAGUAAUUUAACAGGAUCAUUUUCUAGUUUGCAAUAAACAAUUUCAAGAAAAUAUGGAACUCAUUCGUACUGCAAUAUAUCUUCAUGGUAUGGUGGGUUGUUCUACUGACAAGUUCCAUUGUCAUCAUUCUUGCCAUCACGGAUUAUUUAAAGCUUAAAUCAAACUGAUAAGAAAAUAUAACACAAACUGAAGCGAUUCGCAGAAAAGCAAGUUCAUUAACUUCGAAAGCUUUUCAAACCGCUUGACUUUACUGCAGUUCAAAUCUCUUGAAAAGCGGAAGAAAAUUCGCCAUUUUCCCUCGUUCAUCUGCAUUGUCUUUUUGAAAUUCAUUAAAUAUUAAAUUAACUUUUCUUUGCAAUGAAAAAAGGAAUUGAAGUGACCUACAACAUAAGAUGCGAAUAGUAUAAGUCAAACUGUUUGUCGUUUGCCUUUCAACAGAACAAGGCAUCACAUUGAUACUAUACAUAAAUCAAUGACUUUAAUCUAAUUUGCUGUCUAAAAACAUUCGAUAUCAUAACGUUACUCUCUUUGGCCUAGAUUGAUCUUCGAGGCGAGCUAACAGCGCCAGGUGCUAUAGAAGAAGAAACCACAUUUCAAGCCAUGUAUAGUGUCAUGCCUUGACGUUAGGUUAUUACCAUAAUCAACUCCGCUGUCUUAGCUAGAAACAAAGCAUAACUCAAAAAUCGCAUCAAUUAUUCAUGUAUAUUUAAAACAUAAUUAUCAACUAAGAGUCUUUUGGCUUUUGCGAGAACACGGCUUUAUUUGUGGUAUUUGAGAAGUUUGAUAUUAGCAAGUCUCGCUUAUUUCCAGGAGAUUUUAGCAUGUUAAACGCCUUCUUUGUUAUCUCGCAUCAUGAUGUCUCAAUGCGAAUCCGGUAUAUCCUAUCUCACUUCAAAGGCAUAGUUUGAAGUAUCGUUGUAACAUGAAGGAGGAUACUGGCAACAGUUCUCUUGGACCACUAGCAAAGGAGCGAAUGCCGCGCACUGUGCCUGUUUGUUUCUUUUGGAAUUUACCAGAAGAUGAUGAAGCUCCUCUACCGAAAGUUGAAGUGAUUUUAUACAGGGCGAGGGAUGUAUUUGAUGACAGGUUUCGAUGUCUUUCAGAAAAUGAGGAAAACUUAACAGAUGGCGAUGGAUUGAAAGUAAUCAAUCUUGCUCUUGCCCAGCGCUGGGUGUACGAAUGCGAUCAAGGCGGAAGCGUCAGCAAUCCUAAAUGCAAAGAAUCUGCUUUCAUGAGACGGGUCUUUCUGAAGCAAGGUACAUAUAUUUAUCUGUAUCGAGUGAACGGAUCUCUUACAGUUAGUGAUGAUGACAAGGUCACCAAAUUAGCAACCAAAAGAGAAGUGAAUUUCAUCGAUGUUAGAUCAGAACCACAUAAACUACCGCGAUCAAGAUGUUAAUGACCAAAGCUCAAUUGAACGCAGUACGUCCGCCAAUGUUCACUUGGAUAACAUAAACUCAAGAGUCGAGCUCUUACGGGCAUUUUCUUCCACAAAGGAUAUGUAUCAAUUGAACAUGACGGUGAAUGGAGAC